AACGAGGCACACAGCACGGUGCGCGCUUACAGCGAAAUCGUUUCAGCCUGAGCCAGUUCAAAGUGUCAAUGUGUAUUUUUAGGGCAGCUCAAAAUGUACAGUAUAUAAAGCAAGCAGCGACUCUGUACAAGAGUCAGAUAUUUGGUAGAAACCAAUACGAGAACAGUCGAGAUUAAUAUACGACAAGAAAGAAUAUUACGAUAUUAAUUGGAUAUAAAGGUUAAAGAUGAAAUUAUUGGUGAGUUUUUGAAAAAGGAUUAUUUUCUAUUACAUUUUUACUUCAUUUUGUGCUAUUUUGUAACUGUGAAUUGCCAAAAUUAUUACAACACAUUCGUGUAGCUCCGUAAUAAAUGUAAUAUGUAACCAGUUCUGUGCCGGGUUCGUGGUCAGCUCAAAAAGAAAAGAAAAAAACCCAGUCGACUUAAUUAUCAACAUGACUAUAAAUACCAUACCACACAAGGCACACAAUCACGAUCAAAUAUUUCUACGGCGCAAAGCUACAUGUCGAUAUGAUCUAAUGCCCUUUAGAUCAAGUAUAUUACGCUUACCUUUAAUUACUGACUUAGCCCAGACAAACUGUUAGAAACUCACCUCAUGCACGUAAAGCCUUUAAGGUUCUGUAAAGAACAAUAUCAGAACAAAUUAGCCAGGUCAACUAAACUAAAUAUUCAAAGAUUAUUUUAGUUUUUAACUAAUAUAACUAAUUCGAUAGAUAUAUUUGUUGAUAGGUAUAGCUAUGUUUAAUAUUGUGUGAUUGUAAUGCAUGUCAGUUAAUGCCUGUAAUCUUUGCACGUAAAUGAUGUAUUAAUGUAAUUUUAGAGGACCAGAUUGGAAAGAAGUGGUAGCUUUAUCUGUUAAAGUGCCUAUAUCAUGGUUUUGGAGUUUGCAUAUCUCGAAAGUUUAGGGUAUUUCAAGACACUUUGCAAUAUAUUUUGUAAUUGAAAAAUUUCAUCUUGAUGGAUUUAUUAGCUCUUAAAGUUAACGGACAUGACGUCAAAAGGAAAAUUUUGUUCCAAUGAUAAUAGGAAAACUGAUUUGCAAUUCUCCUUUUGACGUCAUGUCCGGUACGUAACUUUAAGAGCUAAUAAAUCCAUCAAGAUGAAAUUUUUCAAUAAGAAAAUAUAUUGCAAAGUGUCUUAAAAUACCCUAAACUUUCAAGAUAUGCAAACUCCAAAACCAUGAUAUAGGCACUUUAAUCCUCGUUAAAUAACUGAGUGGUAUUAUUAUUACUAUUAUUAUUAGACUAUUUUAUAACCAACCCUGUCAACUUUCCUAUGAAUGGGAGGAAACCGGAGAAAACCCACGACUUUCGGCAGAACGUUGACUGACUCUUUUCACAUCAGUCCAUAAAGGCAUACCGUGCAUGCAAUACCACAUCAUAGAACACCAUAGCAUAUUAUACCAUGCAUUCAAGAAAUUUCUUGAAUACUGUUUAAAGCUGCCUAAUUUUUUCUAUAGUUUAUAACAACGAUUCUCCUUUUCCUGAACGGAUGGCAACUUCAGACUGAAGCGAAGUCAAAUUGCAGGCGUCCUUGGACACAACGUCCUCCAACCGUUCAAUACCUACGAAAACGCUAUGAUCUUUUGAUAAAAUUCCAAGUUUCCCCAACGGGAUCCAAGGAUCCGACCGGCUAUCCGAGUAAAGGUAACUGUCGCUGGACCUACGUCAACGACUACGACGCGAAUAGAAUCCCCAGUACACUGGCCAAGGCAGAAUGCAGCAACUGUCCGCCUGAUUGUACAGCGAGAGGAUACUGGCAUAUGGUGCUCGAAAGAAGAUGUGACAAGAAAACAUGGGAACAUGUUUGGGUGAAGACGCAGGUGAAGUUACCAGUCGCUUAUGUUUACAAAGCAUCUUCUAAAUAAUUAUUGAACUUGGACUUGUAUAGCCACUCAGCCAGACAGAGAAACAAAAAUUAUGGUAAACUUAUACCUUAUCGAGGGGCAAUAUGGACCUAUUACCUGAUGAACAAAAUUUUGAUCUAGACAAGUCUAGACAAAAAAUUCAUCACAGCUUGAAAGAGCAUCACAAAAUUAGUGAUAUUCCGAAGUUUCGUUGCGAAAUGUUGUAAAAUGCGGAUAAUAUAGCCCUGCGAAGUUUGCCGUUUUUCAGUCAUUUUGUAUUACGCACGGGAAAUUGAUACCUUUUUUUCAGAAGGCGGUAUCAAUUUCCUGUGCGUAAUACAAAAUGACUGAAAACGGCAAACUUCACAGGGCUAUAUUAUCCGCAUUUUACAACAUUUCGCAACGAAACUUCAGAAUAUUACUAAUUUUGUGAUGCUCUUUCAAGCUGUGAUGAAAUGUUUGUCUAGACGUCUCUAGAUCAAAAUUUUGUUCAUUAGGGAAUAGGUCCAUUCCAUUUUGCGUUCAUAUUGUACCCUGAAGGCGAGUAAGUAUUCUGUAUGUCGACGGCGUUAAAAUUUCUUGUGGGCUCCUGCCGACACGUUUUUCUUCGAACUUUGUAUUAAACUCUACUACAGUUAAUUUAAAAAUGUGAAAUUUCAAAUAGAUUUCUAACAAAAAUGACUUAAAUGAUCAUUUGACUGCUUGCAAUAAACUAUAUAUAUAAGACAUUUAAAUGGUUACCAGGGUUUUCAAGUUCUUCUUCAGUUAUGGGCUGUCGAAAGAGUGUUUUCAGACUGUUAUUUUUUGGCUUAUUUUUCACAUUUGGAACAGCAAUAACUCGAAAACCACUUUAUUUAAAUGUCUUAUAUGUAGUUUUCUGUAAGCUUUCUAAGUCAUUAGUAUUUACAUGCAUGCAUGUAAAAUUUUAUUUAAUGACGUUAACCUUGUCAAUAGCAGUAGUUGAUUUUCACUUUUUAACUGUAAUAGAGUUCAAUAGAAAAUUCGAAGAAUAACAUGACGGCAAGAGCCUAUACGAUAUUUUAACGUCGCCAACAUACAGAAAUGUACUUACUAGCCUUCAGGGCACAAGAUGAAAAAAAAUGGAAUUGCCCAUCGAUAUGGUGAUUUUUUUUCUUCUAUCUGCCUGACUAUUGAGUGUAUUUCAAUUUCAAACUCUAAUCUCAAAUUAAUUUAUAUCUAGAUCUAAUUUAAACUGCAUGACAAUAUAAAUUUAAAAUAUUUACUUGUACUUGAUUAAAUGUAAUUAAAUCUCACACACGAUUGUAAACAUAAUUAUGUAAUUUUUAUUAGUGGCAAAAUAAAUAAUUAUUCACUAUUCGUUAUAUGUAUAUCAAAUAAACUUGACGAUUUGUAAUCCA